AUGAAUCUGCCAAUUAUAAAAUCGAAAAACAAACUGAAAGCCAGUUUCGACAAAAUUCGCGAAUGGGAUGGAAAAAUGAGACGAAGCGAGGAAUUCGAUAUCGCCGGUGUCAAAUGGAGAAUUGGAAUUCAAUUGGAAGCCAAGGAUGACAAUAACAAGUUGCAUGUGUUUUUAUGCUGUGAGAUGAAUGGAGUUUGGAUAAGUGCUGUCGAUAAUUUGCAAUUCAAGCUUUUGAGUUGGUUUUUCUUUGAAAACUCCGUGUAACACUUUGAUUGCAGGACAUUACAAUCAUGAUACAAAGAACUUCAAUGCGACACAAUAUUUAAUGACAUCGGAAAAUAGUGUAGGAGUUUCGAUUUCAAGCUAUUAUUGGUCAACAAUUCUAUUGUCGAAUUAUGGAUAUUUGUCAUGUGAUACACUUUCUUUUGAAACAACUUUUGACUUUAUUUAUCAACAUUUUAACAACAUUGAACAUUAUACAGAUUUUGUAAUAAAUAUUAACAAUCUUUUUGAAUUGAAUGUAAAUAAGGGAGUGAGUAUGUUUUUGAAAAUUUUAAUUUUAAAAAUAUCAAUUUUCUUCUCAUUUUCAGUUGCUCUGCGCUUCCUCGGAAUAUUUUUAUAAUCAAAUUGUUGUUGAGCGAAAAGGAGAAGAAGAAAUCCGGAAAAUCACAAUCCCUGACAUUGAAUUGGGCCCCUUUAUGCUUCUUCUCGCUUUAAUGCAUCCUAGCCUUGAUGUUCCUGCUGAAAAAUUGGAGAACUCUUUGGAAUUGGCGAAUCGCUUCAAAAUCAACUCAAUUAAUCUGAAAUAUGUUGCAAAACUCAAAGCUGUAUUCGAAUAUCAUGAAAAUGACAAGGAAUAUCAAAUGAAGUCUGAAUAUUUUUUGAAAUGUUUACAGUUUGCUGAAAAAUAUGAGAUGAAUCAGGAUUUUAUGGUGAGAUUUUCUUCUCCUAAAAAUAUUUGAGUUGUUCUAUUUUUUUUUUAAAGAAUUUCGUCUUGAAGUGCUUCAAAACUUCGAACGAAAUCAAAACAUUUUCGGAAGUUUCGGGAUUCGAAACACUCAAAGAAUCAACCAAGGUUUUGAUUCUUCAGCGAGUUUUGGAAACAAUUGUAUAA